GCGCCCAAACGAGCGCCCAAACGAGCGGCCUUCACAUUACUGAGGACCAUGCGAAUGGUCGCUUCUUGGCCGGACUGGCCGCCGAGCUGUGGAAAAUUGUUAUCGCCAAUAUUCUUCCCUGACUAGCCCAUAGUGCUCACGAUAUUUGGACAUGGGUCCAUUGCGAGACGGUGUCGCAUCCUACCAGCCACUAUCACGAAUUCAAGAUCUUUCCGAAAGAAUGAGCGCUCCUUCCACGAUCACGAUAGCCAUCAUCGGGGCUGGCCUAAUUGGGCCGAGACAUGCACAGAGCGUGGUUGCCAAUGAACAUGCCACAUUAUACUGUUUCGUGGAUCCUCGCCCGGAAGCCAUAUCAGUAGCUGAGGCAUUCCAUGUGCCAGUAUUUCCAAGCAUCAAGCACAUGCUUCUCGAAAAGGGCAAGCCCGACGGAGCACUCGUAUGCACGCCUAAUCACACGCACAUCUCGCUCAGUCAGGAGUUACUGGAGGCAGGAAUUGACGUUCUCGUUGAAAAGCCCAUAGCUACGGAAAUCUCGAGUGGAAAGGAGCUGAUAGAGACUGCUAGGCGGACCGGGGGAAACUUGCUCGCAGGUCAUCAUCGUCGGUUCAACUCUUAUGUUGUCUCCGCGAAACGUGCGCUGGCCGAAGGCAUCAUUGGUAAACCUAUAGCCAUCUCCGGACUCUGGGUUCUGCGAAAGCCGGCCUCGUACUUCGAGCCUCCGACGGAAUGGCGUAGUAUUCCAGGCAAAGGUGGCCCAAUUCAAAUCAACUUAGUUCAUGACCUUGACAUUCUGCAGUACCUCCUCGGACCCAUCAUACGGGUUCACGCAGAAAAGAGUAUAUCCCAGCGGUCUUACGAAGCGGAAGAAGGAGCAGCCAUUGUUCUCCGAUUCGCAUCAGGGGUGGUUGGAACGUUCAUCCUCGCGGACAAUUGUCCUUCCGCGCACAAUUUUGAGAGCGGCACAGGAGAGAACCCGACGAUUCCCCAGGCGCACAAAGACUUUUACCGGAUAUUCGGUAGUCAAGGCACGCUGAGUGUCGGCGAUAUGAAAAUCUCGAAGCAUGACGAAGGAGAGGAGAAAUGCUGGGCUGAUCCGGUGCGUCAAAGCGAGCUCACGGUUGAGCCUCGCGUGCCCUUUGAUGAGCAAAUGAAGAAUUUUGUCGAUGUCAUAAGGGGAAUAGCAGAGUCGAACUGCACUGGUGAAGACGGUCUGAAAGCUCUGAUUGUUUGCGAUGCGGUCAAGAGAUCUAUGGAAGCAGGACUGCCAGUAGACAUUGCAGCUUGAUUGAGAUUGUGCCUACACUCUUGUAGUUGGGACAAACGCACGCCGGCCAUCCGCGAACAAGUGCAUUG